ACUGGCUGUGGGACUGUGAACGCCGCGUAGUGAGCGCCAGUGACGAUACGGGUUCGGUGGUGUGGGGACGGGUGCACGUGAGCGGUGGUUUUACACAGUGACGCAUGUGUUGGAAGGGCAGAGACGUCCUGGGGUUCAACUGCAGAGGUGUUAUUUUGUUCACGGCCAGCAAAUAAGGAGCUGUCGCUUUGAUGACUUCUAGCACGACCGAACUCGCAAUGGAGGGGGCCGACUCAGCGCGAGACAUAUUACCUGGCACGACAUUCACUGUCAGCAACAUGAACAAACAGAGAAGAAAGCUGCUCAUCAAACUCGCCAUUGCGUUGCUACUGUUGCUGGUGGUGGUGCUGGGCGCACUGGUGAUCCACCUGGCGCUGAGCUGCCGCCCCAGUGACGUCAUCCCGCCUCCCCGGCGGCCGCUAGAGCCCUGGCGCAGUCGCGGCGAGUGUCCCAGCUCCUCCUCGUGUCCGGCCGGAGCGCCGCCUCUACUGGUCAUCUCGCUGGACGGCUUCCGGCCCGACUACGCGAGCCGCGGCGUGUCGCCCAUGCUGCAGGACAUGAUGGACUGCGGGGUGACGGCGCCCUACGUCCGCACCUCCUUCCCCAGCAAGACCUUCCCCAACCACUUCAGCAUCGUCACCGGCAUGUAUCCGGAGUCUCACGGCAUAAUCGGAAAUACGAUUUACGACCCAGAACUGCCGGGGAGGAAAUUCAAAAUAGGAAAACCAGAGAACCUCAAACCAGAGUGGUGGAUCGGCGAACCCGUCUGGCACACCGUCAGAAAAAUGGGUGAAAUAUCAGCGGUUUUCUUCUGGGUGGGGUCUGACGUGCCCAGCCAGCUGCCGACAUACUACCGAAACUACGACAGAAAAGUGCCGUUUGAGGUGCGCGUGGCUCAGGUCGUCGAGUGGCUGCGUCUCCCUGAGGGACAGCGGCCGCGCUUCUUGUCUCUCUACUUCCACGAGCCGGAUAAACAGGGCCACAGCUACGGGCCCGACUCGGAACAGGUGAACGCUGCAGUAGACCGAGUGGACGCCCAGCUAGCCAAUCUGUACAACCAGCUGAUUGAGCACGGCCUGCUGGGCUGUGUCGACAUUGUGGUGGUGUCGGACCACGGCAUGGCCUCCAUGAGAGAGGACUGUGAGUCGGUCGCUCUGGAUGACUUCGUCCCGGGUCUGAGUAACUCAUCAGUGUACGUCAACGGUCCCGUGGCACGCAUCCGGCCCUAUAACGAGUCGACAGUGGAUGAACUGGUGGACCAACUGGACUGCGCCCACCCGGCGCUGAGAGUGAUGCAUCGCUCCGAACUACCCGAGCGCUGGCACUACCAGCACAGUCGCCGCAUUGAACCCAUCAUCGCUACCAUCGAUCAGGGCUACGGACUCUCGAUCAAACGGUCCGACUUCUGCAUCCGCGGCAACCACGGCUUUGACAACGACUUGGUGGACAUGAGGAGUUUCUUCGUCGCCCACGGUCCCUCGUUCAAGCAGAACUUCACAACGCAACCAUUCGAGAACGUACAGUUUUACAGUUUAUUCCAGACACUGCUCAAUCUCCCGGAUCGGGAGACAAACGCCACCAAGCACAGUUUGGAUCACCUAUUACGGAAUCCACCGUCAAAUCUGACCGUUCUUGGACCCCCACCAAGUGUGUCCUCCAAUAUACCGAGUGGUCUAAAUAAUAAAUGCCCCGGACAGGUGGAAAACUGCUCAGCUGAUGCGCUGUCACGCUGGCCAUCAAGCCCGGAUCGGUCAGGCUCCUCGUUCGCGCUGCCUGUCACACACACGAACGCACAGCUGGACGGUACUGAGGAUGACGCCUUCGUGGCUGAGCUGUCUCCGCUGGGCAACUACCGCUGGAUCCAGUACACUCUGGAGAGGGACGACAACAACAACCUCCUGGUGCCCGUGCUGCCGCAGUCCGACGGACAGUGCCAGUUCACACGGCGGGGCCAGCAGGCGGCCGUCGGCGGCAGCUGCACUCAGGACAACGAGCUCAUGAGCCUCGUGCUCACACCAGACGUGGAGACCUACUGGGAGCGGAUAUCGGCCACCCGGUACCCGGUGUACCCCGAGUACCGGGAGAGGGUGGUACCUGAGGUACUUCGGCGCCUGAGGAGGUACUCUGACCAGUACAAGGUGAUGGCGGUACUGGCGGGACCCGUGUACCAGACUCAUAAACUGGACAGGCACGGCCAAAGGAUACCCACUCACUUUUUCUACCAGCUGAGGAUGUGUGCUGAGAGGAAUUGUUCUGCUGAUGAGCUGGAGCAUAAGCAGUGGAUCCUGCCGCAUAAGGAAAACUUCAGACGCUGCGAGGCGCCGGCGCAGUUCGUGGAUUUCCACGAGGCCACGCUGCGCGACGUGGAGCGAGUGACGGGUCUGACGCUGUUUGCCGGUCAGCCGGUCUCCCAGCCGGACUCGCCACAGCGCGGCCACGCGCGCUUCAUCACCCAGAUGCCCGAGUUCACCCCGCCGCAGGCCUGGGGCGCCGCGGACUCCCGGAGGAGAUGAGCGUGUGGUGUUACAGACUGAGAUGAACCCGGAUGAAGCGGGCGGAGAUGAGUUGAUGGGGCCACUGAUGAUUGGAAAUGAAUGCUGGAUGUCACUAACGGGUAAAAGUGAGCGCAACUUUUACAUAUACAUACAGCAUACAUGAGCAUUGGUUUUCAUUGUGUAACUGUAUGCGUCUUACAUGCAUCCCAAAUGUUUAUGAACGGAUAUGGACAUUGCGUAGCUGACGUUGACGGGAGAUGAAUGCUGCGUGACUGAUGCUGAGAGAGAUUUGACAAUACAACUAGUGCGUGAGGGGACCAGUGCUUGCAUGCGUGAACAAAUGGAAUGUGAAAUGAACAUUGAACGCUAAGCUUGCGCAGUGAACAUAACUUGCGGAUCUAACUGCAUUACAUGUGCGAUUAAUGAAAGGCAUGGCGUUAUGGGAACGCUGUUUUAUGUAGAUUGUAUUUACGAGGUGCAUCAAUGCCGGCGAACUUCGUUUUUAAUUAUGUUCGACACUCGUCGAACGUUUCAUGCUCGCAUUUUCUACUUUUUGAUAGUCAAGUAUAACUUCUUGAUAGAAUUCCCCCCGCUGAUAUGUGGAAGACUUAGUGAUGUCAAUUACAGAAAAUCGUAAAACCGAUACCAAACCAAAUACCAACCAAAACCGUGGGGAAAUACCGAAACCGAACCAACUUUGAAAGAUGAGGGAAAUACCAACUUUUUACCAAUUUCUUAGCCUCUUAUACAUAAGUAAGGGUUCAUAAUACCAACAAAAUACCAAACACACUAGGAUUGAAAUACCAAAAACCAAGUUGGUAUCGGUUUGGUAUCGGUAUACCAAAAAGUUGGUAUCCGUUUGACAUCUAUUGUGGAAGUGACCACAGUGCGCAUGGUCGGCUUUGUACAUACACAUUGCUUGUCACGAUGCUGGCCAUUUUAUUAUGUCGGCAAUAUACGUGCUGUUUGCCAAUGAAAA